AUGUCAAAUACAUACACUAAAGACUCCAAAAUCAUCAUUGUGGGGGCAGGGGUGUUCGGACUUUCGAACGCCCUGCACCUUGCCCAGAACGGAUACAGAAACAUCACCGUGUAUGAUAGAUUGGAUUUCGAUGCUAAUCGGUAUACUCUCCUCCAUGGCGCUGAUACUGCCUCUGCGGAUAUCAACAAGAUUUUUCGGGCGCAAUAUGCCGAGAAGAAGCAUUAUCAGGACCUUGCGUUUGAGGCGUUUGAGAUCUGGCAGAAGUGGAAUCGAGACAUUACUUUGGUACCAGAGGAAGAGGCUAAGCGGUACACGGCUUUGAGAAUUUUGGAUCUUUGUGGCAUGCUGAGAUUGGACGAUCAAGUCGGAUGGGAAGAAAUUGCUAGUAGAGAGAAUUUUGAGAAGGAGGGAUUGGCUGCCCUAAGAUUUGAUCUGGAUGAUCCUGUGGAUGUCAACCGUGCUAGGGCAGCCGGUUUCGGGUCCAAGAUAGAUUACGCUCUGGAUUUGAAGCAGACUGGCGUUCCUAAGCUCAGGGGAGCUCUGGAUGCGACAUCUGGUGUAUUGUAUGCUUCGAGGGCAUGCCAAUAUGCCAAGUAUUUGUGUACAAAGUUGGGAGUGAAAUUUGUUCUUGGAGGAGCAAAAGGCACUUUCAGCAAAUUUGUUUACUCCGACAAAAAUGACACUGUCGUUUCGGGUAUUACGACGGAGGAUGGACAGAGUCAUUCUGCAGAUUUAGUGGUUAUCAGUGCGGGUCCUUGGUCUACUUCCUUGGUCCCUGACCUUGACGGAAUCAACGAGGCUGCUUCUGGUAACAUUGCCAUUUUCAAGAUCCCGGAGCACAGAAAAGAUCUCAGAGAAAAAUACAGUUCUAAGAACUUCCCAGUUGUUGGCUGGAAGACUGGGCAUUCCAGAGAAAAGGAUAAAUGUGCGGGUAUGUUCAUGUUCCCCAUAAUGGAGCCUGAAGGAUACAUGAAGGUGAUCAUCAGACAGACCAAGUACAUCAACCCUAUCCAGACCGAAAAGGGAAAAGUCAUUUCAAUUCCCAAAACUGAAAACUCGAGUCCGCCCCACACCCUUUUAACCAAACACAUUGUGGACCAGCUGAAGGACUGGAUUUCGGUAUUUUUCCCCGAUCUCAUUGGGUUGCCUUUUGAAUCCAGAGUUCUGUGGUAUACCGAUACCAUCAACAAUGACUACAUCUACGAUUUCAAUCCUUACAAGAAGAAUCUUUUUGUGGCUUGUGGAGGAUCUGGUCAUGCUUUCAAGAUGUUGCCUGUUCUUGGUCAAUUUUUGGUGAACAAAAUUGAGGGAAAGGAGAAUUUGUACACCAAGCUGUUCAGAUGGAAGAAUCCAAACGAAUUCGAGAAGGAUCCAAACGGUCUGAGGGAAAAGCUCAACAGUUCCAGAAUCUGGGACAACCAGACUUUGUCAACUCCCAAAGACUACAAAUUUACCAAGACUACAAGUAAAUUGUGA